GUGCCCUCUGCAACAACGCGUGAUCUAGCGCGGAGCUCUCUUGUGGAAGGGAGAAAAUGAUUGAAAAAAAAUAUAGUUCAAGUGCAUGAUUCCACAAGAGGACCGAAGACUCCCGCCCAGAGUGGGUCAGCGCGUGGGAGUAAUUACCCUGGACUUUCGAACAGGAAUCGUCUCUGGAGAGUUCUCGUCUCGAAGUCAGAGCGGCGAACAUCAUGUUCGGAGCAAUUCGAACACUCAGUCGAAGUGGUCAAGUCAGAAACUUCAUUAGGAGAUUGAAUACUUCCCAUUUCGCGCAGUUCAACAGCGUCGAACACAGUCCGGAUUGGAGGCUUUCCUUGAAAGAGCGAACGGGUCUCUUCGAACUCCCGGAGCUCGCGAGCCCUCAUGGAUUCAUCAUUCUGAGGGACAAGGCCAUCACGGAGGCCGAGAAUCUCAUAGCAGAGGCUGUUUCUCCUGAUCGUAAACGGAAAAUGGUGCAGAUAUUCGACGACCUCUCGGACUGUCUGUGCCGUGUGGCGGACCUGGCGGAGUUUGUCAGGACUGGGCACCCCGAUGCAAGAUUCAGCAGUGCGGCGCGCGAGGCAUCGGUCGCCAUCUCGAGCCUCGUCGAGCAGUUGAAUACGAACGUAGCGCUGUAUUCAGCGCUGCGAUCCGUGGUGGAGGGCGAGGAUAUAGUUCCGACGAACGCGAUAGAGAAACACGUGGGUCGACUGUUCUUGUUCGAUUUCGAGCAGUGCGGAAUCCACCUCGACGAGAGAACCCGGAAGGACGUUGUGGCACUCAACGAUCACAUAUUAUAUACGGGUAGCUACUUUCUACAAAAUUCGCAGAAACCGCGAGUUGUCUCGAACAAGGUUUUGCCACAGAACCUCAGGCCAUUCUUCAACCCGAAUGAAACGAGUACCUUCGCCGUAACGGGUCUCAAUGCCGAUUCUCCUCAAGAAGCCAUCCGGGAAACGACCUACAAAAUCUUCCUGCUGCCUGACGACGAACAAAUGAGUCUGCUCGACAACCUGUUGGAAUCACGGCAAGAAUUGGCGCAGCUUUGCGGCUUCAAAACGCACGCACACCGCGUACUGAAAGGAAGUAUAGCGGACACGCCGGAAAACGUUCACUCGUUCUUGAGCUAUCUCUCGAAAGAGCUCCGGCCGAGAGCGGAGAAAGAUUACCAAGAGAUGCUCCGAAUGAAGAAGACCUGUUCAAGACAUGUGAAGAGCCUCGAGGCUUGGGACAUACCUUUCUUUUCCUCCCAGGCAAAACUCAACAAGUUCGUUCUCAGCCCGCAGGAAUACAUGGCGUACCUGAGCUUGUCGACUUGCAUGGAGGGCCUCGAUAUGAUUUUCCAGAGUCUCUACGGCGUGACCAUUCGGGUUGCCGAUCCCCUGCCUGGAGAGUUAUGGCAUCCUAGCGUGAUAAAAAUGAUUGUGAAAGACACCAGGAUAUCCGACGACCCGAUCGGGAUCAUCUACUGCGAUCUAUUCGAGAGAGCGCAGAAACCGCAUCAGGACUGCCAUUUCACAAUUCAGGGCGGCCGGCGGAAAGCUGACGGAUCCUAUCAGAUUCCAAAGGUUGUGCUCAUGUUGAAUCUGCCUCGCGCUUCACCUCCUCUUCUCACCCCUGCGUCGAUGGACAAUCUCUUUCACGAGAUGGGUCACGCCAUGCACUCGAUGUUGGCUCGGACCGAGUAUCAGCACGUAACCGGGACUCGCUGCGCGACCGAUUUGGCGGAGGUUCCGUCGAUUCUGAUGGAGUAUUUCGCGUCCGACCCUCGGGUAGUGACACGGUUUGCGCGGCACUAUAAAACCGGGGAACCGAUGCCCGCGAUCUUGGCAUCGAACUUGGAAGCGUCCAGGGUAAUCUUUCAAGCGAGUGAGACUCAGCUGCAGGUCUUCUACGCCUUCGUCGAUCAUGCGUACCACUCACAAUAUCCGCGACAGAAGAGCACGACAGAGAUUCUGCGUGAGGUUCAGAAUGAACACUACGGCGUUCCUUUCGUGGAGAAUACCGCUUGGCAACUGCGGUUCGGUCAUCUCGUUGGCUACGGAGCGAAGUAUUACUCGUACCUGAUGUCGAGAGCGGUGGCAGCCUCAUUUUGGCAGAAAGCUUUCAAAGCUGAUCCCUUAAGCAGGGAAGCCGGACUGAGCUAUCGGGAGAAAGUUCUCGCUCACGGGGGCUCCCUGCCCCCAGCGGAACUUGUCAGAGAUUUUCUUGGUUUGGAGCGCCUGAACACGCAGAAACUUGCGGAGGCUCUCAUUCGUGACAUCGACCACCGUUCACCACAGAGUGAUUCGUGAUUUUCGAAGACAGUGAAUUAUUAAUUUAACGUGUAUAUAAGAAUGCCCAAGAAUAUGGCAUUCGGACCCCCUUGAUUGGGAGUUCCGAGUUUGUUAGAGCCGAACUUGAGUUCAGUGGUGCGACUCAAAUAACGCAAUCUAUUACGAUAAACACAGGACUGAAUUGA